CCCGACAGCUACUACUAACUUUACAGCUAGUACUCCUGUUCCUAAUACCACUAUGCCUUUCCCCCCAAAUACUACCGCUAGCAGUAGUACUUUUCCAAUCACAGGCACUCCUUUCCCGACAGCUACUACUAACUUUACAGGUGUUCCUAAUACCACUACGCCUUCCCCCCCAAAUACUACCGCUAGCAGUAGUACUCUUCCUAUCACAGGCACUCCUUUCCCGACAGCUACUACUAACUUUACAGGUGUUCCUAAUACCACUACGCCUUCCCCCCCAAAUACUACCGCUAGCAGUAGUACUCUUCCUAUCACAGGCACUCCUUUCCCCACAGCUACUACUAACUUUACAGCUAGUACUCCUGUUCCUAAUACCACUACGCCUUCCCCCCCAAAUACUACCACUAGCAGUAGUACUCUUCCUAUCACAGGCAUUCCUUUCCCAACAGCUACUACUAACUUUACAGGUGUUCCUAAUACCACUACGCCUUCCCCCCCAAAUACUACCGCUAGCAGUAGUACUCUUCCUAUCACAGGCACUCCUUUCCCCACAGCUACUACUAACUUUACAGCUAGUACUCCUGUUCCUAAUACCACUACGCCUUCCCCCCCAAAUACUACCGCUAGCAGUAGUACUCUUCCUAUCACAGGCACUCCUUUCCCGACAGCUACUACUAACUUUACAGGUGUUCCUAAUACCACUACGCCUUCCCCCCCAAAUACUACCGCUAGCAGUAGUACUCUUCCUAUCACAGGCACUCCUUUCCCGACAGCUACUACUAACUUUACAGGUGUUCCUAAUACCACUACGCCUUCCCCCCCAAAUACUACCGCUAGCAGUAGUACUCUUCCUAUCACAGGCACUCCUUUCCCCACAGCUACUACUAACUUUACAGGUGUUCCUAAUACCACUACGCCUUCCCCCCCAAAUACUACCGCUAGCAGUAGUACUCUUCCUAUCACAGGCACUCCUUUCCCCACAGCUACUACUAACUUUACAGGUGUUCCUAAUACCACUACGCCUUCCCCCCCAAAUACUACCGCUAGCAGUAGUACUCUUCCUAUCACAGGCACUCCUUUCCCGACAGCUACUACUAACUUUACAGGUGUUCCUAAUACCACUACGCCUUCCCCCCCAAAUACUACCGCUAGCAGUAGUACUCUUCCUAUCACAGGCACUCCUUUCCCGACAGCUACUACUAACUUUACAGGUGUUCCUAAUACCACUACGCCUUCCCCCCCAAAUACUACCGCUAGCAGUAGUACUCUUCCUAUCACAGGCACUCCUUUCCCGACAGCUACUACUAACUUUACAGGUGUUCCUAAUACCACUACGCCUUCCCCCCCAAAUACUACCGCUAGCAGUAGUACUCUUCCUAUCACAGGCACUCCUUUCCCCACAGCUACUACUAACUUUACAGCUAGUACUCCUGUUCCUAAUACCACUACGCCUUCCCCCCCAAAUACUACCGCUAGCAGUAGUACUCUUCCUAUCACAGGCACUCCUUUCCCGACAGCUACUACUAACUUUACAGGUGUUCCUAAUACCACUACGCCUUCCCCCCCAAAUACUACCGCUAGCAGUAGUACUCUUCCUAUCACAGGCACUCCUUUCCCGACAGCUACUACUAACUUUACAGGUGUUCCUAAUACCACUACGCCUUCCCCCCCAAAUACUACCGCUAGCAGUAGUACUCUUCCUAUCACAGGCACUCCUUUCCCGACAGCUACUACUAACUUUACAGGUGUUCCUAAUACCACUACGCCUUCCCCCCCAAAUACUACCGCUAGCAGUAGUACUCUUCCUAUCACAGGCACUCCUUUCCCGACAGCUACUACUAACUUUACAGGUGUUCCUAAUACCACUACGCCUUCCCCCCCAAAUACUACUGCUAGCAGUAGUACCCUUCCUAUCACAGGCACUCCUUUCCUGACAGGUACUACUGACUUUACAGCUAGUACUCCUGUUCCUAAUACCACUAUGCCUUCCCCCCCAAAUACUACCGCUAGCAGUAGUACUCUUCCUAUCACAGGCACUCCUUUCCCGACAGCUACUACUAACUUUACAGGUGUUCCUAAUACCACUACGCCUUCCCCCCCAAAUACUACUGCUAGCAGUAGUACCCUUCCUAUCACAGGCACUCCUUUCCUGACAGGGUCUACUGAUUACAGCUAG